AUGAGUGAAGAAAUGCCACAGGUAUCAGCACAUAGCUUCAGUUCUGACGAUCGGAUCCGUCAAUUGAAUGACAUUGACAAGGAUGUUACCAAACUGAUUAAUUCUGCUGGUCUAGCAAUCAAGGCCUUAACCAAUACACCAGGAGAUUCCACAAUGCCUCACAGCUCCCUCGAAUCGCACAAGACUCAGUUUAAAGAAGCUACCACACACUAUUUUGCCCUUCUCUCCUCCAUUGAUGUACGCCUUCGCCGCCAAGUCUAUGCUUUGGAGGAGGCUUCCCUCCUCGCUCCAGAUUCAAACUCUCGAACAGAUGCAAUUACCACUGGAGCUGGUGCUGCCGGUGUUGUAUCUGGUGCUUCCAACCACCUGGACAUCAGUUGGUUGAAUAGCCGGAAGAAUACAGUUGGACAGGACAAAGAAGCUGAGCUGUGGGCAGCAGCUCGGAAAUUUGUGGAGAAUUUGGACGAGACUGAGGAGUAUACACAGAUGAACUCGAACCAGUCCAAUGAGGCUGAAAAGAUGCAGGUUGAUUGA